AUGAAUACGGGCGUGGAGACGCACCCAUAUUGUGCACAACACAUCAGCGUGUUGUUCGGCUCGCUACACGUGGUGUACUACGUACGCCUGAACUUCAAAGGAUUAAAUAGGAAUGCUUUCAUGGCGGGUAUUGAAGUAACAAUGGAAGGCCAAGCGUUCACCACUAUGGAAAACGCCACGUUUUUCCGGCAAAACGAUCAAACAUACAUCUUUGCUUUGCGUGGACCGAUUGCGGUCAGAGGGUUACGCAUGGCUUUUCGGAUGUCAGUGGUUUUACGAAAAAAUUCACCCAACUCGAUUCAAGUGUUUGGACUAUCGACAGGCAGAGAUAUCCAGCAAUUCGACCCAUGCAAACCGUACAACACAUUGAAAGAUCGAGGUGUACCGAUGCUCCCGAACGACACGGUCUUGUUCAAUCGGUUCUAUUUAUACGUGGACGACAAACUGAUUGUCUGCUAUUUGUGGGAUCUAUCAGAUCAGUGGAGCAAAUGUGUUUACGGUCUGGAUAAACCAAAUUUAUCCUUCAGAUGAGACCGUGUGAUCAAAUGA